AUGUGUUAUCGGGUUGUGGCUCGUUUUAAACGCCUAUCUGACACGUCCAUAUCAUCUCCAAUUACACCAUUGGAGUUAUGCAAGGUCAAAGAAUUUUGGAUUAAACAAGAGCAGGGUGAGGCCUUCCACCAAGAACUCAGACUUCUAUCUAAGAAUCAAAAGCUCUCAAGGUCCAGUCCGCUUAUACGACUUACACCAUAUGUAGACUCUAAUGGAGUCUUACGAGUAGGAGGACGUCUACAAGCAUCAAGUCUUACUGUUGAUGCCAAACACCCAGCUAUCUUGCCCAGAAAGUCCCCCUUGACUUCUCUCGUGAUAGCGAAUGCACAUUUGAGAUCACUACACGGAGGUAUACAGGUUACCACUUCCUUUAUAAGAGAAGAAUAUUGGAUAUUAGGGGGACGAGCUCCUGUUAGAAGCUAUAUUCUCAAUUGCGUUACAUGCACACGAUAUAGACAAGAACGAGCUAAGCAAUUGAUGGGACAGCUACCACCCGAAAGAUUAACACCUUCACGACCUUUUUUACAUGCUGGUGUGGACUACGCUGGUCCUUUCUCCCUUAAAACUUGGAGGGGAAGAAACACUAAAACAUACAAGGCUUAUAUUGCACUCUUUGUCUGUUUUUCCACUUCUGCCAUCCACCUGGAAUUAGUCACUAACCACACAACAGAAGCCUUUAUUGCGGCUUAUAAAAGAUUCACCAGUCGAAGGGGUAUAAGUGCCACCCUAAGUAGUGACUGUGGAACUAACUUUAGAGGAGCAGACGAAGAUUUACAACGUUUGUUUUCUUCUGCAUCAAAGGAAGCUCAACAAUUGUCAUCAUUGCUAGCAAAUGAUGGAACACUUUGA